AUGAGUUUUCUUGGGGACAUCGUGGAACACGAUACGGUCGAACCGACCGUUCCUGAACUUACAGAGCAUUCACAGAAACAUGGUUACCCCGAAUUGCAGAAACCCUCUGUACCCAAAAGACAAUCAAAAUUCAAGAAGAAAGAAGCUCCAAAGAGUGAACCCAAGACCGAGACGCCUCCUCAGGCUCCUCCAUCUGAGCCCAUAAGUGAAGCCCAGCGUAUACACGAAGAGAAUCUCAAGAAGAUCAUGCUGUUGUCCCCAGAUCAAUUCAUCAGUGAGAGAGACGAACUCUUGCAAGGCCUUGAUCCAAAACUAUUGGAGGGGUUGAAAAAGAGAUCAGCUAAGAAGGAGCGUGAACAUGUGCACGCUGAAGGCCACGAUGGUUGGAUUGGUGGAGGUCGUGAUGGUGUGAAUCUCCCCCAUCUCGAUACAGAUGAGGUCAAUAAGGCGUUGGGUAUCAAGUCCGUGAAGUUUGAUGACAAACCUGUGGAACACCAAAUAAUGGAAAGUGUCGAGUCUGAUGAAGAGCAGAAGGAGAUUGAGGGUGAUGACGAGAUUGCCCCGGAGGGCUACCAAAUUGCUCCAGAAGAGGAAGUACCAGAGGUCGAAGUGCACUUUCCAAAGCCCAAGAUUGCAAACGAGGAUCCUGACAUGGACAUCAAUGAUCCUGAAUUUCUUGAUAAGCUUCACGAGAAGUACUAUCCUGAUCUUCCUAAGGAAACCAGUAAGCUCGCGUGGAUGAAGCCCCAAGAGCCACAGAAGCGAAAGACAACCUACGAAGCCCUCACUGACAUGCGUUUCGAUUUCAAAGGUAAUUUGAUUGAGUUGGAUGCCAAUGAUGCCGAGGACAUACCUCAUUAUCUUGGUCUCCAUCACCAUUCUGCUGAUCCUCAUAUGGCAGGGUACACGCUACCUGAAUUGGGACAUUUGUCUCGCUCAACUGUGCCAACACAGAGAAGUAUUGCAUUUCAGACCAUUGGACGUAUUUUGCACAAGCUAGGGCUCCACAAAUACAACAUCUUGCCCCUUCAAGAUGACGAAAGUAAUCCUAUGACAGAGGAGAUCCUGACGUUGAUGAAGGAGUUUGAGCUAAUGAUGUGGGAUUUGAUAGAUCAACUUCGUCUUAUUGAGACGCUUACAGAGGCUGCUGACGAGAAAAAGAACAGAAACCUCUCAACAAGGAAUUACGCUAUUGAAGCCCUUUGGCUUUGGAAGCAGGGCGGUGGAAAGCCCGAGGAUACUAGAAGAACGGAAGAGGAGGUUAUCGCUGAGCAAUUGCUGCAGAUGUGA